AUGGCCCUAGAAAAAUGGUUAAAUCUAUGCUUCGUGGAGAAGAUCCUGCGAAAGUCAGAAGAAGACGAUUCGAUUCAGGUGAUCAAUAUAUCUUCAAAACCGGCCACGGACAAGGGUGACAACUAUCUUAGCGACAUGUUCAGGAUUACGGUUGAAUUUUCACGUAAUAAAGGCGACCGUGAGAGUAAGGAGAAAAAAUCAAUUAUUGUCAAACUUUCGCCUAUACUCGAAAGUGUUCGACAAAAAUUCAUUAUACUAGCAGGUUAUUUUCACACCGAAAUAUCAAUGAUGUCAGAUACCUUAGUUAAAAUGAAUAAAUUGUUAGAGCCUAAAUAUCGUUUAAGCGGGAGAAGCCUAUAUGUACAAAGUGAAAAUCCAACGCUUCUCGUGAUAGAAGAUCUCAUGUCUCUUGGCUUUCAAAUGGCCGAUCGUUUAUCAGGUCUUGAUUUAGCUCAUUCCAUAUUAGCGGUUCAAGGACUUGCCAGGUUUCAUGCAGCCUCUGUCGCCAUAUGCGAAAAG